AUGCCGGCGACUACUCAAGAUGAACCAUUGGUAAAGUAUGCUUUAUAUAAAUUUAAAAAAACUUACUUAAUUGUUGGGGAAAAUGCUACAGCAUUGUCCUUUCGAGUACUAAAGAUAAAUCCAUCUGAAUUUGAGACCAAUAUUUCUAUCGAAAAUGUAAAUGGAACAUUCGACAAAAAUGAACUCUCAGAAUUCUUCAGGAAUGAAGAAGGCAAUGGCUCAGAAGGGAAAAUAACAUUCAUCCUCAAUGCUUAUGCUAUUUUGGGCUUAACUCGCUUUACAUCGAGUUACUAUUUAUAUUUAUGUAUAGCCAGGAAAACAGUUGCUGUAGUCGGUGGACAUAGCAUAUAUCACGUGGAUAAUACUCGAUUUAUCGAGCUAUAUCCGAACAGACGAAAUCAAAGCUAUACUGAACGGAAAUGCCUCUCGAGUAUUGAAAAAGUUGAUCUUGCGAGAACGUUCUACUAUAGCUACAGUUAUGAUCUUUCACAAACAGUGCAGUACAGUUUUACUCAUCCUAUUCCAAAGCACCAAGUACGCGAUAUGUUCGUUUGGAAUUGGUCGAUGCUUCAGCCUAUUUUGGAAACCGUAGGCGUUGACUCUCCGUGGUGCAUUCCAUUAAUCCACGGUUUCGUCGAUCAAGCUAAGCUUUCUGUUUAUGGAAAACCAAUAAUCGUUACUUUAAUAGCUCGCAGAUCCCGUCAUUUUGCUGGUGCUCGUUUUUUAAGGCGAGGGAUAAGGGAUGAUGGUUAUGUUGCAAAUGAAGUUGAAACAGAACAAAUUGUAUUUGAUGGUUCCGUAUCUUCCUUUCCAGUGUCAUCCAGUGCUCCAGGCAUACCUUGUUACACUAGCUAUGUGCAGCAUAGAGGAAGCAUUCCGCUACGAUGGUCGCAAGAGUUCAGCAAUAUCACCCCUAAACCACCAAUUGGUAUUACGGUAAAUGAUCCCUUUUACUCAGCAGCGGCUCUUCAUUUCGACCGUCUUUUUGGUCAUUAUGGGGCUCCUUGUAUUGUUCUCAAUCUCGUAAAAUCCAACGAAAAAGUGAAACGAGAAUCUUUGUUACUUAAUGAAUUUGAGUGGGCUAUUAAUUACCUCAAUCAAUUUCUUGAUCCUUCAAAGAAAAUACAGUACAUUGGCUGGGACAUGUCUGCAGCUUCUAAAAGGAAAACUCCAGUAACUAAAACACUCGAAACAAUGGCUUAUGAUAUUAUUAAUAAAACAGGACUAUUCUGUACGUCUAAUCGAUUUUUCCGAGGAGCAUUUCAGCAAGGCAUAUUGAGAACGAACUGCGUAGACUGUUUGGAUCGCACUAAUGCAGCCCAGUUUGUUUUCGGAAAAUGUGCAUUGGCUUAUCAGCUACAAUAUCUUGGUGUUUUGGAUACCCCAGAACUUGUUUACGAAUCUGACGCUGUGCGUUUACUUGCAGAAAUGUAUCAUGGGCAUGGAGAUACAAUCGCUUUGCAAUAUGGAGGAUCAUUAUUGGUAAAUACAUUAGACACUUACAGAAAAAACAAUCAGUGGUCUAGCACGUCGAGAGACCUUAUUGAAAGUGUCAAGCGUUUUUAUAGCAACUCUUUCGUGGAUUAUCAAAGACAGGAUGCCAUUGAUCUGUUUCUAGGAAAUUAUACCGUUUUAGAUAAGGAUGUUAUUGUUGGAAAAACUAGGAUAAGUAACUUUACUGAGAAAUUUAAGAAUGGGUUAUUGGUCAGACGAGAUUAUCGAUAUUGGUGGACUCCAUUAUAUUUGAAUUCUUCUUUGAGACUCAAAAGCUUUUACAGUGAUAACAUCCAACGCAAGCGGCCAGAGUUACCAGAGUAUUAUUUUGAAGAGCUGUAUACCUGUAAUCGAUUUUCAUCGCUAUCGGAUGUGUUACUUCAAAAUAUGAUCUCUACUUUAAAUUUUGCUCCUUUGAGCUUAUUACCACUUCUAAGAAAGUCUCUAUUGCCUGUUUCCUAUACUGGUAUUGGAAUUGAAUCACCAUCAUUCAACCCUUUUAUUCCGCGGACGGAUCAAAAGCUUGAUUUUAAAUAUGAAAAACCGUCUUCUGAUUCGAACGAAGAUGAAGAAGGGGAAAAAUUUAAAAGAGUUUCUUUAUACAAAUGGCUAUUUAAUAGUGAAGAUAAAUUACAGGAACACAAGCCGAAGCAACAAGCAAAACUCCCUUCUGUAAAUAAAGAUUCAAAGCUUUUGAAUAAGGAAGCUAAACAUUUGGAUUUUAAGAUACCUAGUGCUGAUAUGAACGCUUACAAGAAGCACUUUCAAUUUGGAAGUAUAGUAACACAGCCUUUGGAAAAGUAUCAGACUAUGAACACUCAAGACCGAGCAGCUUAUAUGAAUUACACUAAUGUUUUAGAUAAUUUGAAAGAAGUUAAAGAGAAAGAUUUCACGAUUUAUCAAGAUUUCGUUAAUACGGCCCAUAUGGAAGACGAUGAAGAUACGCUUUCAAAAGGCGACUACACCGAACAAAUCGCAUUUUACAGUGCCUGGAUUGCUGACUAUAAAGCUGCUUAA